UCUGCAGGUGACGUCCAGGUGUUUCAAAGACAAAUUAUCUGUCAACAAAGUUGUCUUGGUAAGGUUUAGGGCUUGAUAAGUUUCAGCGAUCUCAGACCUCUCUGGGAGUUAACAAGGCUUGGGAAGAAGGAUUUACCACUGAUAGUGUGCACAGAGAAUUCAGAAUUUAGGAGCACAAGAACAAUUGGCAGAACUCUCAAGACAAGGGUGUAACUAGCAAAGCUAACUCAACAACUGUGCUGAAUCAGCUCUGAGUGGAUAAGAGAGGUUCCAGCAUGGGGAGAUCACAACACCAACCCACGGACCACCCACCCAAACGAAGAGAAAAACUGAACAUGUGGCCUAAUUAACAUAAGAAGCGAGGGAAUCAUUUAACACUACAGGUUAGAAUGCUAAUGAAUGAUGUCAACUGUAGCCAAUGAAGAUUAAUGUUUUCAUUUGCAAAAAUGUAUAAACAGUGAAAAGUUUUGAUAGUCACUCUGCUGGCUUUGUUAAUUUGCCACCAAGAGCUCUUUCUGCAUAGAACUGUGAAUAAACCAAAUACCUCAGUUCUGUUUGGGGAUCAGCCUCACGUACAUGGGGUGAAAGAACCCUUUUUGGGACAACAUAAGGAUGGUCAGCCAACUCAGCCAACACCUGGCACUGCCCACAGCCCAGGCAGGCUCUGGCCAUGGCCUGUGGCCGGUGGCCUGGUGACCCCACGGCAACAGCCCAGCUCUCUGCAGGAGGAAACACAAAUGCUGCCUCUGAGUCAGAAAACUAAAAAAGGGGAACCGAAAGGGUGGGGUUGGCCGGCCCCGUCCUUCCUCCCUGCGCACCCUGCCGUCUCUCCUCGUCCCUGCUGCCACAGCCACCCCAACCCUCCGGGGUGGGCACGGCAGGACCCCGGCUGGCCGGAGCGGCGGUGGGAGGGCUCGUUCCAUCCAGAGGACACAGUGAGGAUAUGUCCCACCUGCCUGGCACUGCUGGCCAUGACCCCGCUGCUGUGACUCCAGGGAAAGCUCCAGGGACCUGGCACUGCAGUUGGGAUGGGCUGGAGCCCAGGGCCCCUCUGCUCAGCUCUGGUGUCUGUGCCAGGGAGCGCAACAGGAGCCCUCCUGCUCUUGGAAAUCAGCAGCCACACUUUCUAACAACCUGGUGAGUGCAGCACGGGGGAGACCAGGGGGUUGACAUGGCCAGUGUCAUCCUGGAGAGCAUCUUCUUGAAGCGCUCACAGCAGAAAAAGAAAACAUCUCCCCUCAACUUCAAGAAGCGCCUGUUCCUGCUGACGGAGAGCAAGCUGUCCUACUACGAGUAUGACUUUGAGCGGGGGCGCCGGGGCAGUAAGAAGGGCUCCGUGGACAUUGAGAAGAUCACCUGUGUGGAGACAGUGGCACCUGAAAACAACCCUCCCCCUGAGCGACAGGUCCCGAGGAAAGGGGAGGAUUACAACAACAUGGAGCAGAUCUCAAUCAUCGAAAGAUUCCCCUACCCCUUCCAGGUGGUCUACGAUGAAGGGCCCCUCUACAUCUUCUCGCCCACAGAGGAGUUGCGCAAGCGCUGGAUCCAUCAGCUGAAGAGUGUGAUUCGGUACAACAGCGACCUGGUUCAGAAGUACCACCCCUGCUUCUGGAUCGAUGGCCAGUACCUGUGCUGCUCCCAGACAGCCAAGAAUGCCAUGGGCUGCCAGAUUCUGGAAAGCAGGAAUGGCAGUUUAAAAGUCGGGCGGUCACAUCGCAAGACAAAGAAGCCGCUUCCCCCAACUCCUGAGGAGGACCAGAUGGUGAUGAAGCCUGUGCCUCCCAAGCCAGCCCCCAGCACAGCAGGGGAGAUGAAGAAGGUGGUGGCCCUCUACAACUACGAGCCGAUGAACGCGCAGGACCUGCAGCUGCAGAAGGGCGAGGAGUACUUCAUCCUGGAGGAGAGCCACCUGCCCUGGUGGAAAGCCCUUGACAAGAAUGGGAGGGAAGGAUACAUCCCCAGCAACUACGUCACUGAAACCAGAAAUUCCCUGGAGAUCUUUGAGUGGUACUCAAAGAAUAUCACUCGGAGCCAGGCAGAACAACUGCUGAAACAGGAGGGUAAGGAAGGGGGCUUCAUUGUCCGAGAUUCCACCAGCAAGACGGGGAAAUACACUGUCUCUGUCUAUGCCAAGUCCUCUGCGGACCCCCAAGGCACGAUCCGCCACUAUGUCGUCUGCUGCACCCCCCAGAAUCAGUAUUACCUGGCAGAAAAACACCUGUUCAACAGCAUCCCAGAGCUUAUCACCUACCACCAGCACAACUCUGCAGGGCUCAUAUCCAGACUGAAGUACCCUGUGUCUCAGCACAAGAAGAGUGCUCCUUCCACAGCUGGCCUUGGCUAUGGGUCGUGGGAGAUCGACCCCAAGGAUCUGACCUUCCUGAAGGAACUCGGGACGGGGCAGUUUGGCGUGGUGAAGUACGGGAAAUGGAGAGGCCAAUACAAUGUUGCCAUCAAGAUGAUCAGGGAGGGCUCCAUGUCAGAGGACGAGUUUAUUGAUGAGGCCAAAGUCAUGAUGAACCUGUCUCACGAGAAGCUGGUGCAGCUCUACGGGGUCUGCACUAAGCAGCGUCCCAUCUUCAUCAUCACUGAGUACAUGGCCAAUGGCUGCCUCCUGAACUUCCUGAGGGAAACACGGCAGCGGUUCCAGCCUGCUGAGCUGCUGGAGAUGUGCAAAGAUGUCUGUGAAGCUAUGGAGUACCUGGAAUCCAAGCAGUUCCUGCACAGAGACCUGGCUGCUCGAAACUGUUUGGUGAAUGACCAAGGAAUUGUGAAAGUGUCAGAUUUUGGUCUUUCCAGGUACGUGCUAGAUGAUGAGUACACAAGCUCCAUGGGGUCCAAGUUUCCAGUGCGGUGGUCUCCUCCUGAAGUGCUGCUGUACAGCAAGUUCAGCAGCAAGUCUGACGUCUGGUCCUUUGGCGUCCUGAUGUGGGAGGUUUACUCCCUGGGAAAGAUGCCUUACGAGAGGUUUAAUAACAGCGAGACAACCGAGCACGUCAUCCAAGGCCUGCGCCUGUACCGGCCACAGGCGGCUUCAGAGCGGGUCUAUGCCAUCAUGUACAGCUGCUGGCAUGAGAAGCCUGAGGAGCGCCCCACCUUCAGUGCGCUGCUGGGCAGCAUCCUGGACAUCGCCGACGAGGAGUGAUGACCAUGGGUCCUGCCUGCUGACCCCUGCCCAGCGCUGCCACUGCCCAGCAGGACAGACCCACACACGGCUGGUACCGUGGCACGGUUGUCACAGACACGGCACGGGCGUGCAGAAGCCUGGGGGACCCCCACGGCCAUGCCCACAGCUCUAUCACAGGCUCAGAGCUUCAUCACAUCCCCGGAACUCCAUCACCGCUCUGGAGAGCCAUCACAUGCUCAGAGCUCCAUCACAUGCUCAGAGCUCUAUCACAUACUCGGAGCUCUAUCACAUACUCAGAGCUCCAUCACAUACCCGGAGCUCCAUCACAUACUCAGAACUCUAUCACAUCCCCGGAACUCCAUCACACCCUAGACCUCCAUCACAUCCCCGGUGCCCUCCAUCACAGCCCGUGGCCCCACCGCUCCGGGGGGGUCCCGCUCCGGUGCGUUCCCGGGCAAUAAACCAUUCCACGGCC